AUGCGCUGGCGGUUACCCGGAUCAGCACAGCUCAGCCAGAGUGCGUUAUCACUGUUUUCAGACCCCGCAAACACGCCAUUACACUUCCCCGACUGGGAAACGCUGGCCUAUGAUGCGUUCUCGCCUCAUCAGGACAUCACCUCCGAGCGGCUUGCUACGUUACGUGAUCUGCCGAAUGUCAGCACCGGGGUGCUCACAGUGCCUGUAACCACCCUGUUACAACGAAUCUCGCCACCCAGCUAUAUUGCCGGCUCAGGUUUCGACUUUCAGCCCGGGCAAAGGUUAGACAUUGCAACCCAGCGACGUGCGCUGGACUCUGCCGGAUAUCAGAAUGUAGAUACCGUAAGCGAACGGGGCCAGUAUGCUGUGCGUGGAUCUGUACUGGACAUCUAUCCGAUGGGCAGCGAACUGCCGGUACGUCUGGAUCUGUUUGAUGACGAAAUAGAUACGCUGCGCACCUUCGACCCGGAUACCCAGCGAACCAUAAAUAAAAUUGACCGAUUAGACCUGCUGCCUGCAAAGGAAUUUCCCUUUAAUGAUGCGGCGAUAGCGCGCUUUCGCGACCAGUGGCACAACACGUUUAACGUUGAUGUCCGUAGAUGUAGUGUUUAUCAGGAUGUGUCCAGCGGCAUCGUGCCCAACGGGGUUGAAUACUAUCUGCCGUUUUUCUUUGAGCACUUAGGCACUCUGUUUGACUACCUUCCGGAUAAUGUGUUGCUGGUUGUGGAGGAAGGUGUCGUCGAGGCGGCACAGCAUCAGAUUGAGGACACCGAGCUUCGUUACGAAUCGCUGCGGCAUGAUAUAGAGCGCCCUAUUCUGCCGCCGCGGGAACUUUUCAUGGCGAUGGAUGAGUUGCACGGUCAUCUGAACACUUUGCCGCGCAUUAACCUCAGCACAUCACCUGGUAAACACGGCCAGUUUUUCACCAGCCAGAAAUUGCCGGAGCUGACGUUCAAUCCCCGGACGAAAGAUCCUGCCGAGAAAUUGAAGCGUUUUGUAGAGCACGUACAGCAGCCGAUUCUGUUUGUUGCGGAGUCUGCCGGCCGUCGCGAAGUAUUUGAUGAAUUGCUGCGCAAAGCCGGCAUUCGGACCCAGGUGGUCAGCGACUUUGCCAGUUACCAGCAGGCAAGUGAGCACUGUAUCAGCGUGGCAGAGCUGGAUGAGGGCCUGUACGUCGAUGGCGCAGUCAUUAUCACCGAAGCAGAUGUGCUGGGCUCCCGACAAACAGAUCCGCGCAGGGACGCCGGUGCAAAGGUUAUUGAUCCGGACCUGUUGGUCAGAAAUCUUACCGAGCUGACCAUUGGCGCGCCGGUUGUGCACAUUGAGCACGGUGUCGGCAGAUACGUCGGGCUGCAGAUACUGACCAUCGACCAGGAUCCACACGAAUUUCUUACCCUGAUUUAUGCAGACGAUGCGAAACUUUACGUACCCGUUACCUCUCUGCAUCUGAUCAGUCGCUAUUCCGGCAGUGACGAAGGGCAUGCCCCACUCCAUCGGCUGGGUUCCGACCAGUGGGAAAAGGCGAAACGUAAAGCCGCCGAAAAAGUUGUCGAUGUCGCUGCGGAACUGCUCGACAUAUACGCACGCCGCGAGCUGCGAACUUCUUUUCAAUUUGAGCUGAAUCAAGCUGAGUACGACAGGUUUGCCAACGAAUUUCCUUUCGAAGUAACCCUCGACCAGCAACGCGCGAUCGAAGACACACUGACAGAUAUGACCACCCUGCGGGCGAUGGAUCGCCUGAUCUGCGGUGAUGUUGGCUUCGGUAAAACUGAAGUGGCCAUGCGGGCCGCUUUUGUUGCUGUGCAAAAUGGUAAACAGGUUGCUGUGCUGGUACCCACUACCCUGCUUGCCCAGCAGCAUGAAGACAGUUUUCGCGAUCGGUUUGCCGGCUGGCCUGUCACUGUGGAAGGCGUCAGCCGACUGCGAUCUACUGCCGAGAUCGGUGAAAUCACGCAAAGGCUGCGCAGCGGCAAGCUCGACAUUCUGAUCGGCACGCACAAGCUGCUGUCAGAUGACUUCCAGUUUAAAAACCUCGGUCUUAUUGUAAUAGACGAAGAACAUCGCUUCGGAGUCCGUCAGAAAGAACGUCUCAAAGCCAUGCGUGCGGAAGUUGAUAUUCUCACACUGACGGCGACGCCUAUACCACGAACGCUGAAUAUGUCCCUGUCAGGUAUACGGGAUUUGUCGAUUAUCGCGACCCCGCCGGCUAAACGUCUGUCGAUAAAAACGUUUGUUCAACAGAAACACAAACACCAGAUCAAAGAAGCCAUCAGCCGUGAGCUCGCUCGGGGCGGCCAGGUUUUUCUGCUGCACAACGAAGUGCGCAAUAUCGAAGCCGCUGCAGAGGAAAUUGCUGAACUGGUGCCUGAAGCGCGUAUCGGCAUAGGCCACGGACAGAUGCCGAAAAGAGACCUGGAGCAGGUCAUGUCAGAUUUCUACCAUCGCCGCCUGAAUGUGCUGGUUUGCACAACAAUUAUUGAAACGGGUCUGGACGUGCCCAAUGCCAAUACCAUCAUUAUUGAACGUGCUGACAAAUUUGGAUUGGCACAGCUGCACCAGCUUCGGGGACGGGUUGGUCGCAGUCACCGCCAGGCGUAUGCCUAUUUGUUAACCCCGCACCCCAAAUCUAUGACCGCUGAUGCUAAAAAACGCCUUGAUGCCAUCGAAGCUUCGGGUGAAUUAGGUAUCGGUUUCACGCUGGCCACACAUGACAUGGAAAUCCGCGGCGCUGGCGAGCUUCUGGGUGAUGACCAGUCCGGCCAGAUUGAGUCCAUCGGCUUUUCGCUAUACAUGGAACUGCUGGAACGCGCGGUGUCUGCCAUGCGUGCCGGUCAGUCGCCUAAUGUGGACAGCCCGCUUGAGCCUGUGAGUCAGGAAGUGAACCUGCAUGCGGCGACCCUGAUUCCAGAAGAUUAUCUGCCGGAUGUACACACGCGCCUGAUUCUCUAUAAACGCAUCAGCGCGGCUAAAACACAGCGUCAGCUUGAUGAUCUGCAGGUUGAAAUUAUCGACAGGUUUGGCCUUUUGCCAUUGCCAUUGAAACGCCUGUUUGCCGUAACAGGUUUGAAAAUAGCCAGUCAGGCGCUGGGUUUAGCGAAACUUGAUAUCGGCCCGGAACGCGGCAAACUGGAAUUCAAUCAGGCGACGAAGGUUGACCCCAUCAAGAUUGUCAAUCUGGUACAACAACAGCCGAACAGUUACAAAAUGGAAGGCGCUGCAGUCCUGCGUGUAAUUCAGGACCUGCCUGAGUUUGAUCAACGCGGCCGCAUGAACAUGAAACAAAUGACAGCUGUCCUCACCGUUGCGCUGCUGAGUGCUGCCGUGCAUGCCGCAGAUAUUGAAGACCAGAUGCAGGCGCGCUGGUUCGAAAUCGAAAUCCUGGUGUUUGAACGCCUUGACGUUCUGGAUGUCAAUGUUGACGAAAAGCUAACUCUGCGCCAACCACGCAGCUGGCCAGGCAACCUGCUUGAGGUGAUAGAUCCAGCUGCAUUGACCCAGGCCCCCAGCCUGAGCCUGUCUGAACUCCUGGCACCCAGCCCAUUCUGCCUGGGGUAUCCGCAGUUGCGCGAGGAGGAUCCUGAACAUCCGCUGUUUACCAAAAACAACAGUUUUGGGGAUGACCGCUCGGGAGUUGUCGUCGAAGAAAGUGAAACGCUCGAUGCGCAGAUGCCAGGUGAUCUGUCGCAACAACAACCUGAAACUGAGCUGGCUGAUGUGCCGGUCAAUGCACCAGCACUAGCGCCGACUGCCCGCGACCGAUUGAUCACAGAAAUAGAAGCGAUUGAACAGAGCCUGUUUGCCAGCAGCUACACAUGGCUGCCAACCACAGCCUUUGGUGAGGACAUAAAGGCAAUCAACCGCCAGCGCACGCUUCGUCCGCUGAUACACAAACGCUGGCGCCAGCCGGUGCCCGCCCGGGACGUGCCACAACCUAUCUACAUAAACCUGCCCAUAGAUCAGCGCAGCCCUGCAACCGUCACAGGGUAUCCGCGCAUUGAGGGCUUUAUAGACGUUACGGUCAGUCGCUAUCUGCACUUUGCCACAACUCUCUGGUACCACGCCGACACUCUAGGAAAGUCGACGCCUGCGCAGUGGUGA